CGGGACAGGUGACGAUGAGGCCCCGAAAGACCCGGGCGCGCGGAUUACCCAUCAGUCUUACACGGAAAAAGAUUAUGAAGGUCACAGAGCGCACACGGUGUAUGUGGGCGUGCAUUUACCAGGGGAAAGGAGACAUCGUCGACACCAUAAACAUCACCAUUCACAACGGCAGCCGUACCCCUGUGGUAAGGAGGAUGCCGACAACGAUAGACCAAUCACUCCACCAGCCCAGAGAGUGCAGUUUAUCCUUGGCGAGGAAGUCGGUGAUGAUGCACACGAAUCACAUCCGUUGUUCUCGGAAAUGGAGGAGCUCGUCAAGGAUGGCGAUGAAAUGGAAUGGAAGGAAACAGCAAGAUGGAUCAAGUUCGAGGAAGAUGUCGAAGAAGGUGGCAAUAGGUGGAGCAAACCUCAUGUUGCCACUUUAUCACUGCACUCACUCUUUGAAUUAAGGAGCCUGCUUUUAAACGGGACUGUUAUGCUCGAUAUGGAAGCAGGCAGCUUAGAACAAAUAGCUGAUCUUGUUCUCGAUAACAUGAUUAAUAAAGGAGUAUUGUUAGUCGAAUUGCGAGAGAAGGUGAGAGAAGCCCUUCUUGUCCGACAUCGGCAUCAACACGAAAGACGUAAAGACAAUAACAUGUCGAAGUUACCGAUCAUAAGAUCGUUAGCUGAGAUAGGACGUAAUCAUUCCUCCUCAAAGAAUAGCGACUGUUCAUGUGGUAUGCAUGCGUUGUUGACGUCAGAUUUGCAGGAGAGUCGUGAUCCAAAGGAUACUUACGUACCGUCCGUGGCUCGCAGCAGCAGCUGUCCGAACUCGAACAUGGCUCCGCUGUCGAAAGAGGCGAAAGACCUCAAAGGGCCGUACCUUCUGGUUCCAGGCCAAGAACCAGGAAGCAACGGCAUGGAUCGGAGUCCCAGCAGCGUGUCUAUCAGCAGAAAUCACAGCUCCUCCGCUUUAGAAAACGGAGACGUUAAUCACAAGGGUAAUACGCACUUUAUGAGGAAGAUACCAGCCGGCGCUGAGGCAAGCAACAUACUCGUAGGUGAAGUUGAUUUUCUCGACAAGACUUUGUCCGCAUUCAUCCGGUUAAGCCAAGCUGGAAUAAUGGGGGACCUGACAGAAGUUCCUGUUCCGACAAGAUUCAUUUUUGUCCUCUUGGGACCCAUGGGUGGGAUUUCGGGUUUCCACGAAAUUGGUCGAGCUAUGGCGACCUUGAUGUCCGACGAAGUCUUCCACGACGUGGCUUACAAGGCAAAAAAUAGAAAUCAUCUCUUGGCUGGUAUUGACGAGUUCUUAGAUGCUGUGACGGUAUUACCACCUGGUGAGUGGGAUCCAGCAAUCAGAAUAGAACCGCCAGCCGCUAUACCAUCGCAGGAAGUCAGAAAGAGACCCAAAGAGGAAAAACCUAAGGAAGAGUUCGACGAGGAAGCUGAUGAACAAAAGCUAAGGGAGGAAUCCGGCCUUUCGAGAACCGGUAGACUGUUCGGCGGUCUGAUUAACGACAUUAAAAGAAAAGGUCCAUUUUACUUUUCCGAUUUCAAGGAUGCCCUUGCACUUCAAUGCGUCGCGUCUUUUAUUUUCUUAUAUUUCGCCUGCUUGUCACCCAUCAUUACUUUCGGUGGCCUCCUCAGCGAAGCUACUGGAAAAAACAUGGCUGCUAUGGAAUCGCUAGUUUCCGGUUUCGUCUGCGGCAUUGGAUAUGGCUUCUUCUCUGGUCAGCCAUUGACUAUACUUGGUUCCACCGGUCCAGUUCUAGUUUUCGAGACGAUUGUCUACGAAUUCUGCAAAAAAGUCGACUGGAGUUACAUGUCUUUCCGUUUUUGGAUCGGUACAUGGAUCUCCAUAAUUUUGAUGAUUCUCGUGGCUCUUGACGCAAGUGCUUGCGUUUGUUAUAUCACUCGAUUUACGGAGGAAAAUUUUGCCACUCUCAUCGCUUUCAUUUUUAUCUAUAAGGCAAUCGAAAACGUGCUUUCAAUCGGCAAGAAAUAUCCCUUAAACACCUAUUCCAGCGAAACAAUGGACUAUGAUUGCUUGUGUAAACCACCGAAUACCAGUCUGCCAUCCAGUUAUAACAGUAUGAAUUGGACGAUGUUAGAUAAAACAGCUUGCGAGAAUUACAAUGGCACUAUGAUGGGCGAUGGCUGCAACAUACCACAUUAUGUACCCGACGUGUUCCUUAUGUCAAUUAUCCUAUUCAUGGGCACGUUCUUACUAUCAAUAGAGCUCAAGGAUUUCAAGAAUGCUUUAUUUUUUCCCUCAAAGGUGAGGCAAGUGGUGAGCGAUUUUGCAGUAAUAAUAGCGAUAUUCUCUAUGAGCUCAUUGGAUCAUUUCGUGGGCAUUCCAACACCGAAAUUGGAAGUGCCAACGGAAUUCAAACCAACAUUGGAAGGACGAGGAUGGAUAAUCUGGCCUUUUCAAGGGAAUCCGUGGUGGAGUGCUAUCGGGGCAUUCCUCCCUGCUUUGUUGGGUACUAUAUUGAUCUUCAUGGAUCAGCAAAUCACGGCCGUUAUUGUUAAUAGAAAAGAGAAUAAAUUAAAGAAAGGAUGCGGGUACCAUCUGGAUCUUUUUGUCCUGUCGAUCUUGAUCGAGAUAUGCUCGGUAAUGGGACUUCCAUGGUUUGUCGCAGCGACAGUCCUCUCUAUAAACCAUGUAAACUCAUUAAAAUUGGAAUCCGAAUGCGCCGCCCCGGGCGAGAAGCCGCAGUUUUUAGGUGUCCGUGAACAAAGAGUUACUCACAUACUGAUAUUCCUGAUGAUCGGGUGCUCGGUGCUCCUAACACCGAUGCUAAGAAACAUACCGAUGCCGGUGCUGUUCGGCGUCUUCCUAUACAUGGGUGUCGCGUCGCUAAAAGGUCUUCAAUUCUUCGACAGAAUUCUUAUAAUGCUGAUGCCUGUUAAGUAUCAACCAGACUACAUGUUCCUUCGCCAGGUUCCAUUAAAACGUGUACAUAUGUUCACUGCGAUUCAACUUGCUUGCCUCACUUGUCUGUGGCUUAUAAAAUCCUUCAGUCAUACUUCUAUUUUGUUUCCUUUAAUGCUCGUGGUAAUGAUUGGCAUACGCAAAUCCCUGGAUUUAAUGUUUACGCAACGCGAGCUGAAAAUCCUCGACGACAUAAUGCCGGAAACAACCAAGAAACACGCCGACGAUCUUCGUAAGCUGGAGAACGGCGAGGAACACAACGAAACGAUGGGAUAUGGACCUCCUGCAGGGAACAUUCAGAUCUCUUUAGCUAAUGGGAACAUCAUGAAGAUUCCUUUGGCGAGUAUCAAUAUCAGCGAGGAAGUGAAUAAAACUGGUAUCUGGCAACAAGUCAAUGAAGGCAACGAAAAAACGAAACAGUCAAAAUCACUAAUCAAUGUGGGAAAGCAAAAGAAGCAUCCAAAGAAGAACAACUCGUUGAUAGCUGACGAAACAACGAGACUGACGACAAUGACCGAAGAGGACGAAGAUGACAGUGGGAUCUCGAUCAAGGUGACACACGUAAAUGACUCUAAAUUCUAACUACCAUCACCAUCACCAAAAAA